UUUGUGUUUUUGCUAUUUUUGUGACAAAAAUUGAAUGAAAGUCCAAAUUUCUUAAAGGCUAAAGUUAAGACUAUACGGCUCCUUCUAGGUUUCGAUCAGAAGAAAAUGAGUCCACAUGACUCUUUUACUGUUAAAGGUUGCCGACUUCUGAUCUAGUUUAUAGUUAUGUUAAAAAGUUAAAGUUUUAAAAAUUUCAUUUUUGAGUGUUCGAUAAAUGUUUAUCCUGUUCGGCCCGCAACCUAAGGUGUGUUUUGGCUCCUUGUACGAUUGAGUUUACACCCCUGCUUUAGAGGUUAGGGAGGGGUGAGGGAAUUUGUACGUAGUGAAUGUCUGAUAAAUGAAGAUAAAAGUUUCGUUAUAUCUUAUUAUAUAGGUUGGAUAAAACAUCUCAAAAUGUUCAAAUUUAGAAAUCCCUAAAGUCGUUUUUCAUCCAUAAAUCCUUCUCUCCCAUCCAGCUAUGGAGGCCUCGCCCGUGGCCUUUAGGAGAUCUCGCCUGUAAGCUGACCAUGUUCCUGUCGGAGUGCUGCACCUUCUGCACUAUCCUUCACAUCACCUUCCUCUCCCUGGAGAGGUACCUGGCCGUCUGCUGGCCCAUCACGGCCAAGACCCUGGUGACGCGGCGCAGAACCAGGGCCAUCAUCGGCUGCCUGUGGCUGGGGGCCGCCGUCAGCGCUGCGCCGGUUCUGCUGAUGGUGGGGGUGGAGGACGUGGGGGGGGAUGAGGUUGGAUUCAGCCAGUGGAGAGAAGAGGCAGGGUGGUCCGGGAGGGAAGGGGAACAUGCCAAAUUAGUAGUCAGCGAAAGGGAAGGAAGAAGCUCUCGCUUCCUGGAUGUGGAGACGUUUGGGGAGAAGCAGGGUGGAGGAUGGAAUGAAGAAGGAGGAGAAUUCCAGUGGUUUGAAGACAAAGAAGACAGUGAUGUGAGAAAUGAAACACAGCACGAAGAAAAGUUAAAAGAAGAAGGGAAGAUCGAAUUUAAAGAAGAUCAGCAAAGUAAAAAGAGGGAAGACGAGGGAGGAGGGAAAGGCGGGGGCUCCGAUGGAAGCCCUGAAGGCGAGGCUGACGGGAGGGAGUGCCGCUGCACGCAGUACGCCAUCUCCUCCGGUCUGCUGUCCGCCAUGAUGAUCCUCUCCAACUUGUACUUCCUGGUUCCUCUCAGUAUCCUGGGGCUGGUGUACAGCCUGAUUGGACGAACCCUUUGGCUCCGCCCAAAAAGCAGCCGCAAGGAGCAGAGUCACAGGAACACCGUGAAGAUGCUGGGGGUGAUCGUCUUGGCGUUUGUCCUGUGUUGGCUGCCCUUUCACGUUGGCCGGACCAUAUUCUCCCUUUCCCUCGGCAGCGUUGGCGACCGACAGGAAUCGAACCCGAACACAGACGUUCUUGCAGAUGUCUUUGAACCGUUGGGUCACUCGGACUCCGAUGUUCACUUCUACGAGCCGCUCUCCCAGCCCGAUGAGAUGGCCGCACGCGCUCUGACGGAGGACAGGCUCUGUGACACCUGUGCUGAGACCAAAGACAGAACCGGCCCUCAAACGGGCUCGGACCAACAAGUCAUCACACAAACUGAACCACCACUGGAGAACUCUGACAGACACACACACAACACAGAAACACUCACUCACCCAACCCAAAGUGACACAAAGAGGGGUGCAAACCUCCACCGAAUAAACACAACACUCCCAAUGCAAGACACAACUACUGCAAUGAACACACAACACAUCUCAUCUGGGGAAAACACUAUUCUACCCACUAACGACACUCUCCUCGGCGACCCACUCUGGUCCUCCGACAUGCACAGCUACUUUUUAUACUACCUGUCCCAGUACUUCAACCUGGUGUCAUCGGUCCUCUUCUACCUCAGUGCCGCCAUUAACCCUUUGCUGUACAACCUGAUGUCUGCCAGAUACAGACUGGCGGUGCGCAGUCUUGUGCGCAGGAGCUCGCAGACGCAGGCUCAGCACCUGCGCACGCUUAUGGUCCGACAGUCCACCACCACCGUGUGAGGGACAGCAGUCACAGCCAAUGAUUCUAUAUGAGUAGUAUAUGAGUAAAACACCUUACUUCCUGUUUCAACUACAUGAAGUAUAAGUCGCCAUUUUUUUCAUGAUUAUAAAAAACUCUUUAGGGAAUGCACAUCUGGAUUUAUAUGACUGUGUCAAUUUGUCAGUUUGAUUUAAUGUCAUGCAAAGUGUGAAUGACAUAUGAAUAUUGAGUCUUUCCCAUCUCGACCAUUCCCGACUGCUUUCAUGAAAGAGAAUGUCUGUUUUGGCAUCUCUUCCCGGAAAAACAGAAACCAAAGACACUGUGUUGGUUGGACCAGCUGCUCCUCAGCUUGAUGUCAUCAACAGAACAUCCAAUCAUCUGUAAGGUUUUCUGAUGGAGCUCUGAAUUCAUUAAGUUAUUCAAUUCCUGUUUCUGAAAUGUUGUGAUAGUUUCAAUGUGAA